AAAACCGGAAAACAAAAGCCUUCUUGACUCCAACUUUUGAGAUUUAACAUUUGUAACGCCGAAGAGGAUUUUAAGGCAACAUUACCGUCAUAAAAUGACUGGCACAUCGUUCAAUGCCGCGCUCUCUAUUUUGUGCUUGGUGAUUAUUAGCAGAGCUUGGGAAACGCUGGCGAGCUCUAACGCCACCAAUGCGACUGGCGGUAAGUGUUUAGUAGAACUUUUCGAUCAAAAAGCUUCUGGAAAAUUUAUGGUGCAGGAUAGCAUUAGAUUCGAUUGAAAUAUGUCGAUUUUCUAGAUCUGAUACGUUUGUGUUAUGCGCUAAAGAAAUAUACAAGAUAUAUUUCGCUGUGCAGGUGACCGGCCAGCCGAUGGAUAAUUGAGCUUACGUCGGUAACGUGGGAUAGCCGUGCGUGUAAUAGAAAUAGAGAAUAGAGAUUUAUGAAGCGCUUUUGAAAUACAGAUAAUUCCUUUUCGAAAAAAAAAUUGAAUUGUUGAUAUUCGCCAUGGCUUGAUGACUUUUCUGAAACUCUGACAAUAACUUUAAUUUGCUGUAGAUGGAUUUUAGUUCAAAGUCCUGAAAAGGUUAGUUCUUAAAGAAACUACUGCCUCAGACUUAUUUUUCGAUGUAGGAUUCAGCGAAUCAUUUAAGUUUCAGAAUACUGACUAGGUAAUGACUUGCUCAAAGUCUCAAGGAAAUCCUAUUUUCUCUUUAAUAAUUAAUAUUUGCGGUAACGGAGAACAUCCUCAUGUAAACUGCAUAACGGGAAAUAACUGUUUCAACAUCGGAUACCAUGAAUUUAUCUCAAUAUCUUUCGUGACGUAGGAACUGAUUCAAAUUAGCGACUCCAAUUACAGUUUACGGGUAAGAAUCAUUUCCAGUCGAAUUUUUUUAAGAAUUAACCACUGACUAUUAGCUGAGAUUAUAUCCUCGAACUCUUGCCACACUACAGGUAACUUUAAACAUAUCUUUAACCUCUCUCUGAGGGGGUUUUGAGAUAAACGGCCUUUUUUUCUGACAAGAAACGAGAUAAAAUACAAUUUUACUUUACGUUUGAUAGUUUUUUUUUGUUCUCGGUUAUAUCUUUACGAUACCCGGGAGAAAAAAACUCAUGACAUGUACAGAAAGCUGAGUGAUUAAAGUUAGUCUUGUGCCAUCCCAUUGCGAGAAUUUAAUGAAUCUCUUACUGCUAAAGCUGCAAUAGUUUUCAAAGUUUUAAUUUAUCAAAGAAAGCUUGAGUUCAGAAUGCAUUCUGGAAUAUUCCAGCUAAGUUAGGCUUGUCAGGGAAUCGUGGGCGUUUUAUUGUAUCCAUGUAAAUCUGCAAUAUAAGUUGUUAUAAAUUUGCUCUCGUAUUUUACCUUAUAAAUUAUGCAUAAUUGACGUGUAAGAGAACUAAUCGUUCUCAUCCUCUUUGUUCUGAAAGGAUGAAACAUGCCUUAAUUAAAAGAUGGUGAAGAAACAAAUCGGGAUAAACCGUAACCUUUGUUUUAACCCUUUAUGACACAAUAGUGUCCAAAAUCAAUUUUCUCCUAACGAUAUUCACAGAUUGGCAAGAGCAAAGUCUACGAGAAUUAAUAAAAUGAUCUUAACGAGAAAAAUCUUUGAUCUUUUAUUAAAUUCUCUCAACUAAUUCUUUAAGGAAAUGUACGGAGACCAGUUUGGAGAAUUUGUAUGUGGAUAUCGGGGCUUAAAGGGUUAAUAGCAGAAAUGCGCGAAAAGAGGAAAGAACUCUAACCUAUGCGCAGCUUAACCCUUUCACUGCCAGAUUGUUUGAUAGAGUUUUGUGAGGUAACUCUAACUUUUGAGUUUGUGGACCAAAUCCUAUGAUGUGGCCAUUCAAAUGAAAGCCCUCUGCCUGUACUUUCACAUGAUGCUAUUUGUUUGUCAAAAUUUUAGAAAAUGAAAUUUGGAAAUUUGGUCGAAAUUUGCCUUUGGCCACAUUUGGCAGUGAAAGGGUUAAAAUGAGGACGGAUAAAUCAAUAUUGUUAGGUAAAUAAACUAAAGCAGAAGUUGUUCAACUGAAAAUGCGCACGAAUGUGCAACUUGACCUUGAUAAGUACAAUCAGUAUCAAACAAGAAAGUUAUCGGACGCAUCCGCUGCACAUUAGAUGAAGAUUUGGCGCAAGAUUUUCUUAGGCCAUCACAAAGCAAAGUCAUGGCUGCACAACAUGGUCAAUACCACCUAAAACACGAAAUUACUCUCAACGCCCAAUUAAAUACUUCUCCUUAAUAUACUGAUAUUUUAGGAACUGCCUAUAGCGCUCAAAAUGAUCUGAACUAAAAUUCCCGGUUGUAUUUUCUAACAAAGCUCUCACGUUAUGUCUUUGAACCCAAGUUAAGUCAAGUCUCAUACCGUCUCUUUAGUUCUUUAAACACCUGGCCCCGGUUCUUCAAACGUUGAUAGCGCUAUCCAGGGAUAGGUAUCGGGGAAACUAAUAAUUAUUGCACUAAAGCCCACUGGAUAGAGAUUUAUCCGGUCAAUAGCGCUAUCUAGCCUUUGAACAGCCGAGGCCUGUCCUAUAAGGAAAAGAUUUGUUAUUCACGAAUAUCAAUCCUGACCUUGACAAGUACAAUAUCAAGCAAAAAGAUAAACGGACGCAUCAGUUGCACAUUAAAUCGAGUGGUUGGUAAAGAGACAGGUUUGGGAACAGCGGAAUGAGAAGAGGCAGGGAAGCACUUUAUCCGAUUCUUCUUUUCUCGCACUGUUUGCUUGCGCAAAGUUCCUUGCAGUUUAGAAACAAUUCCAACCGCUGGGUACCCAGCCAUUCGGACCUUCUUUAACCAACACCCUAUGUACAGUUCUGACAAAUUAACCCAGACGUAACUACCUUAUAAACAGCGACAUCAUCUGAUGAGGUUUGGGUUUGACGUUAGUUCUGGUCGCCCUUGCUCCAUGAGGUUUUAUUCAGCAUGCACUCCGAAUUUCACCUCCCCCAAAAGCCAAUGUUUCUAAAAUUCCAAAGUUUGAUCUAGGAUAUAGAAGACGAAAAGUUACUCUUUGAAUACUAUCAUGAAAUUCAUUUAUUUCUUGCCAUUCACAGUUGUUUAUUUAUUGAUUUGUUUAUUUCAUUGGACCUCGGUGAAAUUCCAUUCUCUUUGUUUUCUGUUAACCUCGUAUUCAGUCUGAAGAGUGUUUCGAAAUGUAAAAAAACGUCUAUAGACCACUGCCAAACUUAACAAAGUUUCUGAUUUUAAAGUGCUCCUUCUAGAAGUGAUGAUGCUUUUUUUCCAAGCUCAUACACAGUUGCUUAAUUAGAUUAUUCACAUAACUCAUAAAUGAUUAUUAUUUCGUAAAACAUCAGCACUUCUUCAUUGAAUAUUUGCAUCAUAUUCAUCAAUCUCUGUUUUUGUAUUGUAUUUUUAUGCCAGCAUGCGAAACACAAGUUAACAAGAGAUGUCCCUUGUCGCUCAAGAUAGACUGGUGGGAGAUUCCCCCCUAUAUCUACAAAAACGAGAAAGGCGAGGUCAAAGGUAUAUUCCAUCAGGUUUUGGAAAAACUGGUGAGAGAAUGCUGUGAUAAAGAUCCGGAUCAAAAUGAGCCGGAUAACGUCCCAGUCUGCGUGAAGCUUAACUACAGUGAAGUGCCUUCCAAUGACUCCGAAGUUGUCAAGAAACAUAUCAACAUGAACGGUACAUAAGCAGGCUUUUGUGGUAGUUUUUAGCUGUGUGACGUAACAUCACAACUAAAGUCUGAAUUAUUUUAGCCGAUCACAGCAAGGGCGAUAAUUCAGAUAAACUAAAACGGCAAACGUGGGAAGACGCGUUUGCAAAGUUCAUGACGUGUUUACGGAAUUAGUUACUUUGACCAAUCAUAAUGCACAUGGGUAAUCAAUGAACCAAUCAUGUCCUGAAGCAAGUACAUCAGUCAGUGACGAGCGCGGGAACUUGUGGCGCAAGCAAGUUACGACUGGUCGAGGUUUGGAUUCUGACUGGCUGAGAAUCUGGCGCAUGAUUUUCAUAGGCCAUCACAAAGCACGUUCAUGGCACAACAGCAAUGCCACCCCAAAUGCGAAAUAAGGCUCAAUACUCAACUAAAAUCUGUUCUUAAUUUGAGUUGAUUAUAGUUUUCGUCCCAUGUAAGGGAAUUCAAGACAGUCUUGGAUUCUGGAUUCCGCGCCGUGGAUUCCGGAUUCUUGGUCCGGAUUCUAAUCGUUAGUGGGAUUCCAGAUUUCUUGUAGCUUUAUAUAUAACUAACAAAGCUCUUAAGUUAUGCCAUAAGACUUAAGUACCAGAUCAUCUCUCUAUCUCUCUGAAAACUAGCAAAAAGUUACUUGAAAGCAGCGUAGCUCAUUUCACAUAGGAUUUGCCCAACAGUGACCAUACUUUUUACUUUGUUGAGGAGAAAGAAAUGAAUGGAAACUAUAAUAUAAGCUGUUCUUGGCUCGUUUCAAGCCAUGAUAUCACCGGCGUGUAGUGUAAGAUCCAUUUCAGUAUUGCUCACUUGCUGCAUGAAGGAAGAGAGAGUGGGAGCUCUACCUAAUAUGUGACGUAUUCGACAUACACAAACGAUUUCUUCCUUGGUUUUCUUUAGAAGAACUAGGCAGGUAAAAAACUAUCAUCUAUCUAUCAUGUCAUCGAGUCCCUUUUUCGCCAUGUCACACGAACUCCAAUUAAUAAAGGCAAGCGUUUUGAUCUCGGUGAAAAGCUGACCUAACAUUUGCCAAUCCUGGUCCUGUGUUUGGUGAGGAGUGCAGUAAAAUUCCUUUCCUUGCUGGGAGCUACCAUAUCCUCCAUGGAAAAAAUGCAAUGGUGCUAAUGUAGUUAUUCGCGAAAACCUGACAGAAACCGUAAUAUUUUAUUUUUCUUUUGAAGGCACCGUGAUGAGCAUGCCUAUCUAUGGCGACAUGAAAGACAUAACUUUCCAGAAUCACCCAUUUUACCCUGUUGUGGAGUCCCCCGGGGUCGUUUUCAUCGUAAAGAAGGAGGACUCUUCAAACGCCGCUAAAGCUGUCAUGGAAGCAGUAUUCCAAGGGUGGCCUGUUCUAUUGCUCACGCUGAUCAUGGCCGCACUCUCAGGAAUAGUGGUCUGGGCUCUAGUAAGUGUGUUAAACGUAAUGUUUACUGCAGUGAAGCAAAGUAUCAUUCGAGGAAAUACGGAAUUUAACUUAAAUGGCAAAAUGAUAAUAAAACAAAUAAAUACUUCGCUUUCUUCUCUGUUUGUAGGAUACCUACUGGAACCCGGAGGAGUUUCCUCGCUCUUUUUUCAAAGGAACAUGGGAAGGUUUUUGGUGGGCUUUCGUUUCCAUGACUACUGUUGGGUAAGCUACAUUUGUUGAUCCGUUUACACAAUUCUUGCCUUUUUUGGUGCUUGGUAGUAAGUAAACUACUCUUUCUGCGCUUAUAAAAAAAUCCGGUCGGUAGGAACAUUUGUUAUGCUUUACGGUCGUUAUCAUGACCGGUUUACAAAGAAAGCAAAAGAAGUGACGAAGCAACAAAGUCAGGAAAAGAAAUGAGUACCGCCCCCUUAAAAAUGUUUCAUGGCGCUUUUUACUUUUCUGUGCAUUUCUUCAUCGUUUUCUGUGAAUUAAAACAAGAGUGGUAAAUGCUGCAGGGUAUAAUUUGACAUUAAAAGAUUUCCUUUUGAGAGAGUCGAAUGUACAAGAGGCGGUACGUUCGCGUCGACUUUCCUGUAGAUUCAUUUGACCCAGUUACUAUUUUUCCUUGUGAGCCACGAUCAUUUGCCAAUUUAAAAGUGAUAAGGAACGGACCAUUGGAAAACUUAUGUGGGGGGGGCGAGCGAAGUGCAAAAAAAAUUCUUGCACGCCAAUUAAUCCUAAAAAAUAUUCAUGCAAGGGCCUGAAAAAAAUUCAUACAAGGAAUUUGAUAACGAAAAAAAUUCCUGCGCUCGAAAAUUCCCCCCCCCCAUAACUUUUCUAAUGGUCCGUCCCUAAGGGGAAUGGAGCUGAAAUGUGUAAUUCAAUUGUUUCCGUGAUCGUUACCGACAACGCGCCGGUCAACUGUUCUACAAUUUCUCUCCUGUUCUUAAUAACAGUUCUAGAAGUCUUUGCGAAAGUUAACGUGACCCCUCCUCCUUUCUGAAGUGGCAAAUUUACAGUCUUUCAUUCUCGCAGGUGAUAAAUAAUGAGCUUGCGCUCCAUCUAAUUUUUGAUUCUUUUUCUUUCAGUUACGGUGAUCGCGCUCCUCGCUCAGUUUUGGCGCGAACGUUUGCAUUCAUAUGGGUUCUUAUUGGCCUCGUUAUCAUCUCCAUUUUCACUGCUACAGUUACAACGUCGCUGACAGCCAUAUCCCUCAGCAACGAAAUCAAACUUUACGGAUCAGACGUGAGCCAUCUUCAGUCUUUUAACCCUUUAAACCCCAGGAUCCGUAUACAAAUUCUCCGGACUGAUCUCCAUACAUUUCUUCAAAGAAAUAGUUGAGAGAAUUUGAUAAAAGAUCAAAGCAAUUUCUCUUUAGUGAUCAUUUUGCCAAUUCCCUUAACCUUCUCUGACAAUGUAUGUCUUUUGUUAGGAGAAAAUUAAUGCUGGUCACCUUUUUUUAUGUUAAGCCCAUGGGAGAGGGCGUGGCUAGCCACUGCCUUUGAUCUCUCCGCUUCGCGCUAUGCACGAUUACCCACUAGGGCUUUAGUGUAAGCUACUGUUAAAAAACUAUAUAGGGAAGGAGCCAUAGCAUUUGGAAAUGACGUGGAUUAAAAAAACACAUCACCCACCCCUUCCUCUUGGCACAAAACUGACUGACCCAACCAAACCUCAAUAUCUUGGUACCUAAUUCUGUUUGAGUUUUUCCUAUAUUUUCACUGGCUUGGUGUACCGUAUCUUUUUCAUCAGGUUGUUGCUCUGAAGAACACAGAGGAGCAAAGGCUUGGCGUGAGAAACAAUGCCAAAGUCACAGGUUGGUGUAAUAGAUAACAACAUCCAUGAGGAAACCUUUAGCAUCAAUUUUGUUCUCACCGAAUAGAUUUGACCCCUAAAUCCUACUUUCUGAGGCCAGAGACUCGUUACCGCCCAGAUCAAAGCUCUCAAUAUUGAUUACCUUUCCUUCUCCAGCCAGAGAUCAGUGUUUCACCCGUGAAGCCAAAUGAGGCAAAUUACCGUAAGAGACUUUGCCAGCAGUGUCAUAUCCCAUAAUAUUUAUAUCACCUUCAUAGAGGACGUCAAAAAAUUAGCGAUUAAUCUUGCCAAAAUAUUAUAAUUUGGGGCGAAUCAAAAAAUUUUUUUGGGAUAUCUAAAGGUAAACAAUCUUUUUGUUUCAGAAAAGAACUUCGUCGAGGAACUGAAAAAUGCGGUAACAGACGUGCAAAGUAAAAUAACCGGGGCUCUUCUAGACAGUUACGUCGCGGGCUACUGGGCAAAUAAUGGGGAAAAUCCAGUGUUAAAAGACAACAACCUUCGCGUGGGAACUGUACUGGAUCAUCAGUUUGCAUAUGGCUUUGUGAUCACUGGUGAUCUUCAAAAAGACGCAACGGAGAAGUGCAUAAGGAAGAAGUUAAACAGCAUGGAAACUGAGAUCACUGAGAUUAUUCAGAAGAGCGCGCAAACAAUGGAGGUAAUGAGGAAGUUGUGAUAUCAUCCUGUCGAAUCACUGCCACAACUGUUGCCAGCCUCGUAUUUAACCUCGUCCCGAAGGCCUUCUCUUUUUCCAAUCCGCCAUAUUUAUUGAAAAACGAAACUACCCCUGGCUGCUACUCGUCCCGAGUCGUCUAGUUGUCUCUACUCCUUAAUUAUCCCCUUCGUUAAAGAGCCCGUUCUAGUCUUCCACGCCAAAUACUAGCUAAUACUAAUAAUGAGAGACGACUGGGGAAAAUUUAGCCCCGGCUGUAUGAUCUCAUUGGCUGUCUAACUGCCCACCUACCCCUCCCCUGAACCAACAUUUUUCCCUAAGUGAGAACUUUGUGUUAACUUUGAAUUGGGGGAGGGGCAGGUGAGCACAAAUAUUGUAGUUCAGAACCGAAACUUGAAGCACGAAUCUACUUGACUUACACAACACAGCCUGGCCCUUUCAGUCGAGAUCGAGUGCUUUUAUAGCGUUCCGGGUGACAAGCUUAGUUUCAUACGUACCGAGAGGGAGAGCCGAGCCCCGGGGUUUAUUAGGCUAGAGAGACUGCCCACAAUAUCACUAUUUUUCUCGCCUCCUCCCAGCCCUAGUACCCUAAGUAUAUAUCUUUGAUAGUCAUCUCCAGGCUUAACUCCUUACAUUUGAAACCAAGCUGGCCGCUCGUAAGGGUAGGCGCGCGAAGAAUAGGAGACUGUAGACAGUCUAGAAUGUAUUUUCAGUAGAACAGAGUUCAGUUAAAACAAUUGGAUUCUAUGGUAUCCCAUUUUUCUGUUAGGAUCCGGAGGCGAGUGCAGCCGUGGAAAAGACCAACAAUUUGUUCGAUGCGGAGUCACCUAUGUUCAAGAGUGCCAUUUACACAUGCAUAGGAUUGGUGGGCUUGCUGACCAUCUGUGGGCUCAUCUGGGAGUUUGCUUACUGGAGACCACGUCAACCCAAGGAAGCUAAAACUGGUGAGUCAAUAGUUACUCUACCCGGGGGGCGGGGAGCUGGGAAGGAGGGGAAGUGGAUACUCUUAUAUGUACAGUGACUAUGAGAAACUGAAAAGCAUUGUUUUAACAACGAGUAGAUGGGAAUUUAAAAAGUUACAAGUCUACAGUAGGGGUGCACGUGAAUACUGCUAAGCAGCAUAGUCUGUGUUUAAAAAAUAUAUGGCUUUGGAGCUUCAGUGUCACACUACCAACAGAAAAUUUUCACGCUGAAACUCUGUAAAUUUUGAACAAUAGACUCGAACGAUGUCCAGAAAAAAAAAGAAAUCGCGUUGUGAGUGAUGAUCGGAAAAUUCCUCUUUUCGCUGCCUUCACUGCCGCUGGUCAACUCUGACUUUUUCUUCUCCACUUUCGAAACGUUCUUUCGCGCCACCACCAUCGAUACUUGGCGAGAGCGUUUUUAUUCCUGAGGAAAAACCCUUUUCUUACCAAGUUUUUUUCGUGUUUAUUUGUGUACAGAGGUGGAACGAAUCGUGACACCAGAGACUUCGUACGAAAGCCUGGUAGCGAUGCAGUGCGCCGAGAUCGAGGAAGCCAUGAUGAAUGAAGUGCAGCGAUUCUACAUCGCCUGGAACAAGAAACUUGAAGAACUGAAGCGCAGAAAUGGAAAUCAGUUAGGGGCGGGUGACUCUAAUGUGAUGGGUAUGGGAGUUAGCGGAGGAGAUAUGAGAAGCAUGUGAGAAGCAUGUGAACUGUACUAAUUUAAGGACAGCACUAGCACGGCCUUACAACCUCUCCACAACGAUCACCUCGGGAAAAAGUGGCACUAGUUCCUAGGAGUGUGGCAGUCUUUAUAGGGAGGUUAAAAUAAGCCUAUAGGUUAUAGACAGAUACAGCAAAGACAAUCCAGCGUCAAAUGAGAACGUAGCACGCGCGUAGGAGUGAACGCGACUUCCGGUACUUAAUUGCCACGCUGUCAUUGGUCAAGUAGGUUUUCAGAUUUGCGCGCGCACUGUCGCCACUAUCUUCACGUUGUCUUUGCUAAAUCUGCCCUGAUGUUUUAACCGCAAGCUAAGGUGAGGUGAUUGGUGUAGAGAGGUCGCUGUUAGUACGAUAGAGGUUGCACAGUAAUUUUCUUUAGAUUUUUUAUCCUGCAGAUAAGGGCUGCGUAUUUUUAACCCUUUAAACCCUAAGAUCAAAAUUUGAAUUCUCAUUUGUUGCCGCUAUUCGUUUUCUACAAGAGUAGUGUGGAGAAGUUGAUAAAAUAUCAAGCAGAUUCAUCUUGUUUGAUAUGUCCGUAAUUCUCAUGACUACUAUGAGUUACAUGGCAUUGAUAUUACAAGGAGAAAUUUGAUGCUGAUCACCCUUAGGGCUUAAAGGGGUUAAGGCGAAAGAGCCCUCAAUAUUCCUCUUAGCAGCGGGUUUGGUUUUAAAAGCAGAGAAAGAAUUUGCAGAUCAAAGAAUAUCACAUAUUUGCUGACUUUUUCUUCAGAGAUUUGGAGGGGCGGAAAAAGGCCGUGGCAUCGGCUGGUCACACGUCCAUGCAGACACUAAGAAAACUUCUCGUACAUUAGCGAUUAAUGAAAUGUCAUUUCAAAGUUGAAAUCAUGAAACUGUUGCAAUAGCAAGGGGUCGCUAUCCACGUGCUCUAGCGCCACGCUCCUUUCCGCCCCUCCAAAUCUCGGAGGGAAAAGCCCUUGGAACCAAGUAGCUAUGCGGGGGGCGCGGGGGUAGGGGACAGGAAGGUUUCAAAGAAGAACAAAGUAAGGUUGCAGUUAACGUGGGGCGAUGUUAAAGAUAAUAAGGUCACUCAAGCCAUUUGUUGUAAAUAUCAGAUAUAGUUAAAAUCACGCGCCGUAAGUUUCCAGAUGUAGACCAGGAGAUGAUACUCAAGAAAACUAGAAAAAACACUUCUUAGUUACAAGACAAAGAACGAAUCCGCUUGAGAACAUCACGUGACUUAUAUUGGGAGACAGCAAGCUAAAGACGUCUAUUUCUUAUUUCAUAGUCUCCUGUCUCAAUGCGAGUUUUCUUAAAUAACAUACUGAAAAAAAUAAAAAGAGCCUUGCUCGGGUGUAGUAUAUCUUAAUCUUAAAAUCUCGGGCCGAUGUUUACGAUUUCUUCCGCCACUGUUAUAAUACUAGUGCUCAUUUUUAUUCAUUGCAUUUUAAAAAUUCAUUAAUUAGAUUUCAAUUGAGUGGCCAAAGUAAUUUCGUGAUUGCUUUGCUUUUGCUAUUCUAUGCUUUGUGAAUGGCUGGAAAAUAUCUUGCCAACUCGACCAAUCAGGUACAUAGAGAAUACUUCAUGGAAAGUGCUGGCGUACGGUAUUUACGCACGAGUUGUUGACGUAUCAGAAAUCGAACGAGUGAGCGCAGCGAACGAGUAAGAUUUCUGAUACAAAAACAACGAGUGCGUAAAUACCGUACAAAGCACUUUCCAUGUGGUAUUGUGUUUAUUAUAUACAUACUGAGUCAUUCAUCAUUUUGCGGGCCUUUUUAUUUUAAAUCUUUCAAAAAUGCUAAAAUUUGCCGCUACACACUUACCGCAAAAUGACAACGAAAACGAAGUAUCAGCUUUUUAGUAAAAACGUUUGUUAAAAACAUAAAUGACGGUGAGGAUAUGAGGUUUAAUCCAAGAACUAUAAGUAAUCUUAACUGUUUGUUCUCAAUGCACAAUUGAAAAUGAGUGAAUUUAAGUAAAAUGGCCGGUUUCAAUAUAAGCUUAAGCUUAAAUGAAAGGCAAAGUAGCUCCGACAAAAAGCACAACAAAAGCUUACGUCUCGUUCUGUUUAUCCCUUUCCGCUGUUGUUUCGCCGGCUCUCUACCGUAUUUUUUUAUCGACAGUGAAACAAACGAAACUAUUCCACUCCAUUUCCGAAAUGUUUUUCACUUUUUUAGCGAGAAAAACUCCUUGAGUAAAACUUUUCUCGUUGAUAAAUGUGUGCGAAGCGGCGCUGCAAGCUGCAAUAAAAGGCGGGAAUUUUGGCGCGAAACUCGCACACCUCUGUGGCUUCUGAUUGGACGUAUCAUUUUUCUCACACGUGAAAAAACAUCGUUCGCGAUUCUGAUUGGACGUAUCGUUUUUUUCACGUGUGAAAACCAUCGUUCGCUCCUCUGAUUGGCUAUAACUAAUUUGCGUACGAAAAUUUACGACAUAGCUUUUUGGUGAGUAUUUCUCAGUAUGUAUAUAAUAAAGACCAAUCCCAAGUACGACUUGUUCACACACGUCAGUUCUCGCGCUUGGCACCUGGCGCCUUCAAUAAUUGCUUUCCGCUGUUCUGAUUGGUUCCUUGGCUAGACUGUGUCGAUUGUGUCGUGAUUGGUCCGCAAAUAUUUACUUUGCCAAUGUGGCAGUUUUUCACGGCUUUCUACUGAAAACUGCCUGGAGAGGUCGGAGAACAUUAUUAUUAUUUUUUUUUUGCAAAUUGUCAGGUAACGAUGUUCAACAUCUUCCAGCAAUAUUGAACCAUCAACAUGCUGGAUGACGUUAAAUUUGGCCGGGCAUUAAGAAUGGGAUAUAUUAUCACAACCUGAAGGCCUGUCGUAAAUCGUAUAAUCAUAACACUAUGAGCAUCAUAGGAAAAUUUGCCUUGCAUAAACACUGAAAUAACUGGUCAAGGCUCGGAGUUAAUGAGGGGUUUUUGCUGCGUAAUUUGUUUGUUUUCCCAUUUUCUCCCAAAUUCCUUACAACCCUUUUUAAAAGUUAUCUACAUAGGUUCAAGGUUAGUUUUCCUAGCUUUAUUAUUCAAAUAGUAUAAAUGUAAAUAAUCUUACCAAAUAUAUCGAUGCAACUGCUUUCAACCGUUUCAUUUGAGUAGUAAUGCUGGUCACAUUGUUCUAAAAAUAGAUUCCCCAAGUGACCAGCACUACUACCAUUUGCAUUGUGCUUUCAUGAGUUGUAAGAUCGAAGAGUUACAAUGUUCAAAUUACACAGCUUUCUUAGAAGACCUUCGAGAACACAAAGUAGAC